GACAGCACUAAUAAUGAAUCAAAAUCAACCGAGUAAUCGUCUUCGUUCUUCAAAAACUGAUUAUCAAGUUUCGCGAACCAAAUUGAAAUGUGCAACAAAUUGUGCUGAUUAAGGCUCCCAAACCAGUUUAAUUCUUCCCAUCCGAUUGGGAGGCAAGUAAAGUGAUUACAAUUCGGGCGCGGGAAUGUUGCGUAUCGCGACGGAAUCAAUUUUUCAUCAUGCGGAGAAAGUCGUCGGUUUCGAAGUUUUGAAUGGGUGAAAAUGGCGAAGAAAAAAUUGCGAUUCUGGUUUCCGGAAUAAAAUGGGACAGAUAGUGUAAUUGUCUGAGAUUUUGAUGCAGAUAAUGUUAAACAUAUGAACCGAAAUUCGAAAAAAAAGUAUCAACCUGGAUUAACGUAGAGGCAUUUUGCGGAAUAGAAAUAAAAAUCCCCCGAACUCGCUGGUUGGCGCAGUGCAGGAGCGGGAGGAAAAGGUGGUGCUUGUGUAAUCGUACGAAUGUUAUAUACGAAGUGCGCCUAAGAUGAGAGUUCCAGCCGUAGGAAAUCUGCUUACCAGAUGUAUCCUUAUCUUGCUUCUGUUGCUGUUUAGUGAUUGUACAAAUUUAACGAGUAGCUUUAGUAAUAGCAGUAAUAAUGUUAACGUUAGCAGUGCAGGCGGCCCAGGAGGAAUUGGCCAAAAUGUGAGCCCUAGCAAGUUAAGUAACAUAACUAGUGCUGCUGAUGUUGAUCCAGGUCACAGUGUCAGCAAAAGGAAUUGUUGUGAUAGUGAACAACAAAGCAGCAAUCAAAAGCGAGCUAUUCCGCAGCGGAUUGUGGUUGAAUUCGCGACAAAUGUGGUCCAAAACGAGUACAUAGUUCAAUUUGAUGGAUAUUAUAAGCGAGCGGCCAGGGAGAAACACAUCCAAUCGGCACUUAAUGGAUCUAAGGUCAAAAACUGGCACAUCCAACCGCGAUCGAAUCCGAUCAGUGACUUCCCGAGCGACUUCGAUGUCAUCACUCUGGAAGAGGAUCCCAAGUCGCAAAUCGAUGGAAUCGAUUUGCUUAGAUCGCACCCAUCGAUCAAGUCCAUUUCGCCACAACGGAUGGUGCACCGGACGCUGAAGUAUGUUCCCAUCGAAGUCACUCCCGAUGAGGCAGAGCUGGCAGAUGACGCUGCAAAUGAUGAUGAAGUGUCUGAUGCUCGUCAGGAAGAAGAAGAUGAUGAAGAAGUUAUCGAGUUCAUCGAGAAAUUCAAAAACUUCAAAAGAAAGCUAUCGACCGACGUGAAUGAGCUGAACGAUAGUAGACCGGAUGUCAAUCAUCAGAUCACCCCACCAGUGGGGUCCGCCAAUCGCCAUACGAAUCGACGCUUACUUAGAGCGAUUCCGAGACAGAUAACCUCCUUGCUGAAAGGAGACGUGCUGUGGGGUAUGGGAAUUACGGGAAAAGGAGUGAAAGUGGCUGUUUUCGACACUGGUCUUUCAAAGAAUCAUCCUCAUUUCAAGUCGGUUAAGGAACGGACGAAUUGGACCAAUGAAAAAACCUUAGAUGACGGAGUUAGUCACGGAACAUUUGUAGCGGGUAUCAUAGCUUCCUCUAAGGAAUGCCUUGGAUUUGCACCCGACUCCGAGUUGCACAUUUUCCGAGUGUUCACCAACAAUCAAGUUUCCUACACGUCGUGGUUUCUGGACGCUUUCAAUUAUGCUAUUUUGAAGAAGAUAAAUGUUCUCAAUCUAAGCAUUGGCGGACCCGAUUUCUUAGAUCAACCGUUUGUAGAUAAGGUUCUAGAAUUAUCGGCAAAUAAGGUGAUCAUGGUGUCUGCGAUUGGUAACGAUGGUCCACUGUACGGAACUUUGAACAACCCCGGAGAUCAGAUGGAUGUGAUCGGCGUUGGCGGGAUGGAUUAUAACGAUAACAUUGCAAAGUUCAGUUCACGAGGAAUGACCACUUGGGAACUUCCAAACGGUUACGGACGAAUGAAGCCAGACAUCGUUACUUACGGAAGUCAAGUGAAAGGAAGUAACCUCAAUGGUGGUUGUAAAUCGCUAUCAGGAACUUCUGUAGCGUCUCCGGUAGUGGCAGGUGCAGUUACUCUAUUGGCAAGCGGGGUGAUCAACCGACUGGAUAUUGUUAAUCCUGCUUCGAUGAAGCAAGCAUUGAUUGAAGGCGCUCAACGUCUUACGGAGAACAACAUGUUCGAGCAAGGCCACGGAAAGUUGAAUAUCUUGAAGAGUAUGAAGAUAUUGUCGACUUAUAAACCGAAAGUCACUCUAUCACCUGCUUACCUGGACUUCACAGAAGACUACAUGUGGCCCUACACAACGCAAAGCUUGUUCUAUACAAGUGCACCGGUUAUAGCAAAUAUAACAAUUUUAAACGGAAUGGGUGUGAUCGGUAGGGUGAUCAACAAUCCAACGUGGCAUCCCUACACUAAUGAGAAUGGCCAAAUGUUAAACAUUUCGAUUUCGCAUUCUGAACAACUUUGGCCGUGGUCUGGCUGGAUGGCGAUUCACAUUGGAGUCAACGUUCUGGGACGAAGCUUUGAAGGUUUGGCUCAGGGUCACAUCACUCUGACCGUUCAAAGUCCGGCUGGUCCAGGGGAAAACGAACCACGGAACGGGACCAUCAGCUUCCCGAUCAAGGUAAAAAUCAUUCCACAACCUCCGCGACACAAACGAAUCUUGUGGGAUCAGUACCAUAGUUUGAGGUAUCCACCAGGAUAUCUCCCGCGGGACAAUCUGAAAAUAAAAUCCGAUCCUCUCGAUUGGCGCGCUGACCAUAUUCACACCAACUUCAAGGAUAUGUAUACUCACCUCCGAAAUGCUGGAUAUUACGUUGAGGUUCUUGGAGCCCCCUACACAUGUUUCAAUGCCAGUUUUUACGGAACUCUUUUGUUAGUUGACCCGGAGGAGGAAUAUUUCCACGAAGAGAUUAUAAAACUAAAGAACGAUAUUUUAGAGCGCGAUUUGAGCGUAAUUGUGUUUGCUGAUUGGUAUAACACAACCGUCAUGAGAAAGAUUAAAUUCUAUGACGAGAACACCCGCCAAUGGUGGAUGCCCGACACAGGCGGGGCAAACAUCCCUGCCUUGAAUGAACUGUUGCGAGACUUCGACAUCGUACUUGGAGAUAAAGUAUCGGAGGGAUAUUUUGAUAUGCGAGAUCAUCGCAUGUACUACGCUUCAGGAAGUAAUAUAAUAAAGUUUCCUACUGGGAACAACACGAUUUUAAUCGAGAGAGACUUGUUCGACCAAGGUUUGGACAUCCUUUCGCCCGACGAAAAACGACAGAAAACUCGAGCGAAAACUGCCAUUCUAGGCUUGCUGCAAACGGACCACACUUACUCCAAAGUGCAACCAGCGACACCGAACCCGGACCUCAUCAAUAAUUUUAAUUUAGAAAUGGACGUGGAUCGGAGCGAAGAGCGCCAAAUAGAUCGCGAUUCAAUUAUCAACAAACGAAUUCUACUCAAUGCCAAAUCGUUUGCCGACGACGACGAUGUCCCCAACGAGGGAGGAGAACAACGCCAAGACUUCGAAACGAAUCCGGAUUUCGAUAGUUUGAAGAAUUUGGAAGACGAAGAACAAGACGACAUACAGAAGAUACAGCAUCCGGAAGAGAUUAGUCAGCUACUGCUGGAGAAGAAGCAGAAUUUUACCGGCGAGAAGAUAAUAAUGGUAGAAGUGCCUCAAACUUUGCUGAAGCUGCAGCCAGAACAGUCAAAGAUGAUCAAAUCGAACGACAGUGCUGCCAGUGGAAAGGAAAACCGCAAGAUGGGUGGUCGAAUCGCUGUGUAUGGUGACUCCAAUUGUCUGGAUUCGACCCACCUGGAUAAGCCGUGCUUUUGGUUGCUGGAUUCGCUACUGGAGUACACGAUGACGUCGCAUGUGACUAACCUGCUGAGGGAUCUGAACAGCACUCGUCACAGUGAGGUCAUAACGGACACCAAACCACCCGCUCGUUUAGCGAACAACAACCUGCACCUGUACUCCAAAGUCCUAGGACCGGGUAAUGAGAAACGCGAAUUGCCGCGGUGCCAACAAAUCAAGUGGGAGCAUCCCAUCUCGCUGAACAUGUCCUCCAUCAGUGGGUACGGGUUAAACGAACGAUUGAUGUUACAACAGCAGCAAGAACUGCAGCAACAGCAGGCUCAGCAAGGGAUGUUCGGUAACGAAAUCGACAACAGUGUAAACCUAUUUCGAAAAUUAGAAAGUCAAAAAGCAACAAUAAUAAGCGCUAAUGACGAGCCAGACGUUCCAGGAUGGCGCAACAAGAAAACCGACAAAAUUCCACCGAAUGCACCGAACAGCUUUAUCAACCCAUCAGCUGGACGCCCCUCAGUGGCUUCCAUUGGGGUAAAAGUACCGGCCGGUUUGGCUGGACAGAAUCAACCGAAAGACCAACAACAAGAACAACAACAACAAAGUCAUCAACAGCAGCAACAGCAUCAACAGAACCAACAACGCCACGAUGGAAAUCCGAAUGAUCUGUACGGAAGUAACGACUUUGCAUUGAGUCGUGAUGCGAGCUCAGGUUUUACCUUAAGCUCCAACUGGUUCGUUACGGUUUCUGGUGUGGUGAUCUUGCUAGCCCUACUCAACUGGAUAAGAAAAACGAAAGGACUAACAAUCAAGCGACGAUGUAACUACUUAUUCAAGAAGAUAGGCUUUUGAGUCGGAAGGGCCGAUACUUGGGAUGGGAUUGGGAUGCAGAAGCAUAGUUAGGUGACUAAUUGUUAUUUUGCCGGAUUAAACUAAGCCUAAGUUCACGUAUAGCGGGAUAAACCCAAAGAUUUUAUUUUCUGCAUUGUUUGGUCAUCUUAAGAUGCCUUAAGAAAUAAUAAAAAAAGAACUACUAGCAAUUUAUGAUAGGCGCGUUAUGUGAUGUUUAAUUUAAGUGCGAAAAGCAGAUUACUAUCCAUGUUUGGGUAGUUGUGAAGUGUAGUUAUCAAGAUCAAAAGAGAUAUAUUUUACAUACAUUAUGUAGAACUGUCUCAUUAGAUGAUUCUGGAUUGUACUAAUGAAAAUACAGUACUGUCUAUUUUUAUAUAAAAGAAA